AUGACUGUGACAGUGCGGAGAUCGGUGCUGACAGGUUAUUUGGGGGUAGAUUUCAAAUCGGAAACUGGCGACGGCCAGGUCUUUCCAGAACAAGUCGACAGUCCGUCCAUCGACCAUGAGCUUCCUCCGCUUCGAUCAACCACAGAGCGGAAGCUAAUGGCCAAGAUUGACUGGCACAUUUUGCCAUGUCUCUGCGUGCUCUACCUUUUGGCUUUCCUGGAUCGGGUCAAUAUCAGUAAUGCGGCUACUUUGGGCCUCACGGACGACCUGAACAUUGCGACUGGCAUGAAAUACAAUAUUGCGCUGACGAUCUUCUUCGUACCCUACAUCAUCUUUGAAAUUCCGUCCAAUAUCCUUCUGAAGAAAUUCAAGCCUCAUGUCUGGUUACCACUUUGCAUGUUUGGCUUUGGUCUCGUCAUGGUCUGCCAGGGCCUGGUCUCUAACUGGGGAGGAUUGAUGACCACCCGUUGGUUCUUGGGAGUGUUUGAGACCGGCAUGUUUCCCGGAUGCUUCUACCUCUUGGGUAUGUGGUACAAGCGAAGUGAAGCCCAGAAGCGUUUCAGCUUCUUCUUCAGUUCCACCACACUUGCUGGCGCAUUCGGUGGUGCGCUAGCGUAUGGUAUCUCACAGAUGAACGGAGCUCGUGGCUACAGCGGUUGGCGGUGGGUCUUCAUCAUUGAAGGUUGUAUCACCUGCGUGGCUGCUUUUAUCCUGUUCUUCUGCAUGCCCGAUUUCCCAGAGGACGUUAAGUGGUUGACCGAUGAGGAGCGCGAAUUUGUUCGUGCAAAGCUGGCUAAGGACGUCGGAAAGUCUGCACACCAUGUCAGUAUGGGCUGGCGUGAGGUUGUGGCUGUCUUCAAGGACUACAAGGUCAUUCUUGGAGGCUUGAUGUACUUCGGUCUCAUCGUUCCAGCAUAUGGAUAUGCAUACUUUGCGCCCUCUAUUAUUAAAAGCUACGGAUACAGCUCGGUGAAAACGCAAUUGUACUCCAUUCCACCGUGGGCAGCCGCCUUUGGCUUCUCUAUGGUGAUUGCGUUCUUCUCUGAUCGUAUGAAGCACCGCUAUGUGUUCACAUUAAUUCCCAUCCUGGUUUCUAUUGCUGGGUUUGCCAUGCUGCUAAGCAUCCACGGCAAAGAGCACAAGUCGGCCGAAUACGGUGCACUCUUCCUGGUGACAAGUGGUGCCUACAGUGCGAUGCCCGUCAUUGUGUGUUGGUUCGCUAUGAAUUUGGGUGGUCACCACCGCCGCAGCAUUGGCACUGCGUGGCAGGUUGGGUUCGGCAACAUUGGUGGUAUCAUCGCUACCUUCAGUUUCCUGAGCACGGAUGCCCCGAAGUACACCAAGGGAUACAGCAUUUGCAUUGCGUUCGCUUGUCUGUCUAUAAUCUCUUGCACAGUAUACCUCGUAGCAGUGUGGUUUGAGAACCGCAAGCGUGACAAUGCUGCUGUUGAUCCCAAUGCCAUUACGGAGGAGGAAGAGGAGUUCCUUGGUGACCUCGCACCCAGUUAUCGGUAUAAUUACUGA